UCUAACCCUGCCCGUAGGGGUCCUUUUGCAUAACCAUUAUGCUGUCUCCCUAGCCCUUGACCUGCUCUUGUUUUUCCUGCCACAGGGAACAUCAUUGGAGCUUCACAUGUGUUCAUCAAUUCUUGCAGUUCUCCUCUGUUCAGACCCUACAGCACCCAAGUGGCCUAGGUUCUGAUCCCAGUUCUGACACAGGGUCACUCCCUCCAAAAGAGUAGUGGAAAUAAAUUUGAAUAAGCAAAACAGGCUUGCUGGAAAUAAAACCAGGACUCCCAGACUGCUCGAGUCAGCCUGCUCCCACAGUGGCCAGUGCAGAAGUCAGCUGGGCAGUGGUGGUGGCAGUGGCAGUGGCAGUGGCAUCGGCAUGCUCCUGGUGGUCGCAUUCUUAGUCAUGGUCAUGGGGACCCAGGCCUUCAACUUGCGAUUCCAGAGGGACUCGACCCAUCAGUUUAGCUGCUACCUCAGAGGACGACACGGCUUCAUAAAGGAGUGGAAGAAGUGGGAUUCUGUGCUCAUGCCACCCCCAAAGACAGCUGGCCUCACCCCCCCUCCAGAAUCCUGCAGGGCCAGUGAAGACGGACCCCUCAACAGCAGGUCCAUUUCCCCCUGGACAUACGUGUUGGACCGGGACGUGAACCGGCUCCCCCAGGACCUGUACCACGCCCACUGCCUGUGCCCGCACUGCGUCAGCCUGCAGACCGGCUCCCACAUGGACCCGCUGGGCAACUCGGAGCUGCUCUACUACAACCAGACGGUUUUCUACCGGCGGCCGUGCCGGGGGGCGGAGGGCGCACAGGGCAGCUACUGCCUGGAGCGCAGGCUCUACCGUGUGUCCAUGGCCUGUGUGUGCGUGCGGCCUCGUGUGGCGGCAUAGACCCAGCGCAGGGCCCUGGUGCGGGACAGCUGGAGCCACCCCCAGUCGCUAUGCACCUGCCAGCAAGCCCCACCUCCAGAGAAUCACCAGGAAUAACUUUGAGACAGCGAGGGGCCUGGGUGCCAGAAGACUGCAACGUUGCACUUUGGGGAGCGGGUGGGAUACGCUGGAGGGGUCUUAGGGAGCAUCAGGAGGCUUCCCUUGGACGAGAUUUUUAGGGGCUCUGCAGGCCGCUGUCUCCCUGGCCUCUCAGCGCAGCACAGCACAGCACAACACCGCACUUUCGGGUUGUUUGCGGAGCCCCUUAUCCCAUUUGUUCCAUUAGCCCUCCACCCACUCACACAUUCAUUCAUCAAAUAGUUGCCUGAGCUGCCUGUGUAGCGACUAGUCUCUGGCUGGCAGUGACUCUAAAGGAAAAGGCUGCUGUAUUGCAUGG